UGCGGAGCUGAAACAGAAUUUUUUCAUCUCGAAUUGAUACGCAAAUCGGCGCAAUUGUUGUUUUUGCAAAACAACAACGUCGAUUAUAAAAGAUGAGGACACACUUAGCUCUGGUCAAAUACAGUUGAAACGUCGAGAGGAAUAUUAGUCAAAAUCUUCAUUGCAAGUAACUCGGAGGUAAAUAUAUGAACAUGAAUGAAUUUAUUAUAAAGCAGAAUAUAUAGUGCAUGCCCACAGUUAAUUAAUCACUCACGGUUAUUAAUAAUAAAUAUAUGUUUUAUUAUAAAAAAGUCAAUAUUAAUACCAAAUAGUCAAUAAAUAUGGCAUGCAUGCACUCAGUCUGGUAAAUGUGCCAAAUGUGUCGUGCAAUCAAACUACUUGUUAUUUUGAAAUUGACAUUAUACUUCUGCUGUUUGGAUUUGAUAUAUUAGCUAUCUAUAGGUUUCAUAAUCUGUUAUACUUAUUUUAUCAAUGUUAUACUGUAAUUACGGCAGACGGAAAAAUUAGGGAAUUUUAGCAAGAGCUAUAUAUUCGACGUCUAUCACUGCAAAAACCAUGCAUGCACUACGACGUCUAUCACUGCAAAAACACCAACUUGAACUCGUGGAUUCUUUGAAUUAGUAUAUAUAUGUACAUCGUAUACUUUGUUAAAUUGAUCAUUUUUUUGUAGAGAUGUAUUUCGGUGUCAUUGCAAGUUUAUCAUUGAUCGUUCUUGCACAAGCAGUGAAUGCACGUACCAAUCUGUAUCAAUAUACUAGACAAUGCAAGCAGAAUACAGAACUUUGUAUUGAUUUGAAGUGCAGUGCAACUCAGGGGUACGCAGCCCGUGUACCAUUCAGCUAUCAUUAUUUGUGCUGUAACGGUAAGAUGUGUUCAGUAUAACUUUAAUAGUAAAGCUAAAAUGAUAGACGAAUCGUAUUAAAAAGUAAAAUUAAAAGCUAUUUAUUCACUAUUAUAGCCGUAUGCAUAUACAGUCACACUCACAGAGUGUACCCAAAUAAGUAUUCUAUAAAGUAUUCUAUAUUAUAAGAACACUUUGGAAAUUUGAACUGACAGUUUAUUAUCGUCUAAUCAACCGGACUGAUUUUAAAAUUACUAAAAUUUUACUCUUCGUGCUUAGUUAACGGUAAAUUCUACAGUUAUGACUUAUGUGAGGAACACAGGCACUCGCUCGCUUUCGAUGAAUAUUAUGCACAAGUCACAAAAUAACUUAGAAAUACAUGCAUGCACGCAGCAAUUCCUCGCAUUUUAAAAUCAAGCAACUAUGUCUAUGUGUUUCCCAAACAUUUCUACAUUCAAUUUAGCCUCGAAUUGUUCUCAAUUUAGCUUCGUAUAUCGUAUAUUUGCUCUCUUUUUAUUUUAAACAUAUAUUUUUGAAAUAUAAUUCAAAUUGGUUAAUUUAAUAAAUCUGUAUACGUUGUAUACUAUGUUAAUUUAUCUGGGAAACAUUCAUGCAGUAAGCAAAAAAAUUAAACCAGCUCAUACAUUACCAAUUAAAAUUAAAGCAAAGUUGCGUUAUAUAUUUAACAGUUAUUCUACGAACUCGAAUCGAAUAUGAGCUGAUAGCCCCCCUGAGCCCAUGACCUUUUCUACACCUCUCCUUUUUAAUAAUUUUUUUUUUUGUUCUGUUGUAGGAAAAGUUUUUGACCAAAAGAAAUACGUCUGUGUUCGUUACUUAUUUCAGUCAACGCCUGUGGUGGAAAGGUGUGAUCCAUGUACCCAGUUUAAAUGUGGUGAUGGCCAAUGUACGUUGAAACAAUGGAAAUGCAAUAACGUGAAAGACUGCAUCGAUGGAAGUGAUGAGGUUGUUAUUCAGUAAUUUCUUAUUAACCGAACGCGAGGUCUGUAGUCUGUACAGAGAAAUAUCGGACCAAUGUCAGUGUACCAUUUUAAGGGUCCAACAUUUUUUCCGGACAAACCAAAUUUUUCCGAAAUCUAACAAAAAUUUUCGAAACACACUUAACCACAAAAUUUACAGAAUUUGUCCCAUGAUUGCAAUAGGUUCCCAGGUCCUUUAUCUCAAUUUUUCAUACCAAAUUUCGGUACUUAGCACAAAAAAAUUACAUUAACAGCUAUUAGUUCUGCAAAACGUAAAGGGGGGGCAUGAUUUCGAUUUUAUUUCCAAGUGUGGGGGGGGCACUGGGGGGCACUGCCCCACCGAGUGGGGAGGCAAUUCCCCCCCCCCCCCCCAGCUACGGGCCUGCAUGGUUUGUACAAAAACACCGAGGUCUGACAUUUCUCUGUAUAUACCGAGCAAGCGAGGUUAAUAAAAAGUUUAUUAGGGCAUUUAUAGGCAUUUAUACUUGGUUUUAAUUAAGAGGAGAUUUAUUUCAAGAAGAGAUGCCUCUGCAUGCAUGCAUCGAUCGCGAGUGGCUGCUGGAUCAUAACUUGUACAUAGCUUACAUUUUUAUCAUUCUUAUCCCUUUAUAUUAUAUUAUCUUGAAAUCCGAACAAUUCAGGUUAUCUUAUGGUAUCUAAUUAAUAUUAAUUUAUAAAUACCAUUUGUCUCAUUAGGUUGGCUGCGGUGGAUGCUCUAGCGGGCAGUUCUACUGCAGACGUGCACAUCAAUGUAUCCGGGCUGAUCGUGUUUGCGACAAGGUUAAUGACUGUCGGGACGGAUCGGACGAAAUUAACUGUCCAAAUGAGAAAGGUUCCAGAUGCGGAGUUGGCAGUUAUCGUUGCAAAAACAACCAGUAAUGUCAAUUUAGUAAUAGCGAUAGUGAAUGAAAUGUGCUUGCAGUCAUAUGGCACUGGUCAAAUAUUAAUCGUUAGCCCAUAUAUAUACUGGUAGAUUUAUUUUCUACUAUUUAUAUUUUUUGUUUUCACAAACCAUUCUGAAGAUUAUAAAAUCGUGUCGUUGCAAAAUCAAAGUAAAUCUUUUUUGCAUGACACAAAGCUUGCAUGACAUAAAACUCGAAAACCCCCAACAAUUUUUGCGGCAGAAAGUUGAAUUCUGGAGCGUAGAAGUCCUACACUUCUCAUGGGGCGAAAUAAAAAGAAAUAUAUCCGCAUUCAAGGUUUUUAAAAGAAAAAUUUAAAACUGCAAAUAAAGAGGCAGAAUAAUGGUUUGGUUGGGUGGGAGAUAAGCCAGACAAACUCAAUUUUGGGCAACGGAGUGUUCCGCGGACAUUUUCCCCACUAGAAGAUUUUGAAUAAAUCACGUAACGGGGAAUCAUAAAUAUAUUCAAUGCACAAUAACUUUAAAUUUCCAUUUCAAGCAUGCAGCGAAGAAUAUUAUGUAGCAUGUAAAGAAAGUAAAAAGGUCUGCUAUAGCUGCACGAGGGUCGUUUCCUAGAAAAUUUCUGUAUUUUCGCUGUUUAUUGGCAAUAUUUCUGGUAUUUUCUGGAACGUCCACAGGGAAAACGAUGGGCUUAUUUUAAGGCUAUAUGUUUUAUAUUCUUGUUAACUUGGUUACUGCUCAUUUGCGUUUUAAGAACUGCGCAAAUGGAUUUGGAACUGCACUUUUUGUGCAGAACUGCACCCUGUCCGCAUUCUUUGCGCUAUUGUCUAAAAAUAGUAUUUUGUAUUCCAUACCACACGUACCACACCAAUUUUAAAACCUUUGUGUAUUCUGUUGAGCAGUAAACCGAAAAAGUUUCAUUUAACCCAAAAAAAUUGAAAAGUUCGCUCUCCGAAAUUCCGUGUCAUUCUCCAAGCCUUGGUUAAUAGGCUAAGCGUCACUAACUGAAUACUAUAUUUCCAGGUGUAUUCCUUGGAAUAGAGCUUGUGAUGGCCGCCGUGAUUGCAGAGAUGGUUCUGAUGAGGCUGGUUAUUGCGGAUACUACAGUGCGAAAUCCGGGAAAAAACGAGAUGAAAUCUCCAGUUUUUCGGAUGGAGGUGCUGGAGGAGCUGUUGAUGUGGCAAAGGGAACUGUUGUUAAUUGAGCGCUUUAUGAUUUUUGAAUUGAGGAUUAUAUAGAUUUGCACACAAUAUAUUGUAGUAAUUCUGUCAAAUGUUUUAGCUCUUUUCCGUCUAUAUAGUGUCUCUUCCAUUUCCAGUUUAAAACGCUUGUUUUAAUUCUACAUGCUAGGGCAGUGCAGUAAAUUGUUUAUUCACACAAAAUGCUUAUAAAACAUAUCAAAAUACUUAGCUUUAAGAGGGAAUGGCAAAGCUGUAAAAUUUUCGCCUGACUUCGUAUGCAAAAUUUACAUAUUCUGUUGCGCUUCGCUCAGUGUUAAUUGUUAAAUCAUUUCACACAAAAUAUGCAUUACGACACAUUAGCUAAUAAAGAUGUUGGAAACUAACAUUUGAGUUUCUGAGCUAUAUUUUUGCUUGCAUGAUGCUAAACAAUAGUUUAAAGUAUGCCGUCUGGUGUUUCCAGUUUACAUUAAACAUAAAAAAUGGUGAUCGAGAUAAUCAAGCUAGGAAAAUAUCGGCUGUAAGCCUGCACUGUUUAUUAAUUGUCAGGCAUCUGUCCGAUAUCGUAAAAACACAGGGCUUGCCCAAGCGGGAAACGUUUUAGUGAUAGGAAGGAAAUUACACGUACAUGUGCAAGCAUGCAGAUACAAUUCAACCGUCUACAAAUUGUAGACGGUUGAAUAGUAUCUGCUUCUGUCAAAUAUUGCUUGACAUGAAGAAGGAAAAUCUACUCUGAGUUUCAAGUUGGUGAAUUCAAACACAAGAACGGCUGUUGCAAUCUAAAUUGGAGUCAAAAUUGGAGCAUUAAUUGUCAGAAAUUUAGGAUCGCUUUUCACCGCCAACUGAAAAUUUAAGUAAUUUUCAGUAUUGUGUUGUAUAAUUUCAAUUGAGCUCUUUCUAUACAAGUUCAGGGACUUUAUUAGCUGUCCGCUGGUAACCGUUGAGUCGAAUAGAAAGCACAAAUAACACGUACUACCAUAAGAUUUGAAAUGAUUGAAGGGAAAAAUACGCGUAUAAUGAUGACGGGAAAGAGUUAAAUAUAUAACAUGAGGUAUACGAGAACAAUAUAAUGUUAGAUCAUAUAUUGCUAUAUGUAUUUGCACUGGAUAGAUAAUGUAGAAUCCGUCCGUAGAUCGAGUAUUGAGCGUCACAGUUGCAUGAUUUGACUAGCACUUACAUUGAUAAGUGGAGAGGAGACGGCAAGCACAAUUGAACCCUGCACAUGCUAUUAACAAUUCACUAACAGCAAAUUGAGGCAAAGUUGCGAAUUCGUGUAAUCGCUAAUUCAUCACCAAUAAAUUUUUCACUUAAUUCCUUG